AAUUUAUUAAAAAAUGGCUGAGUAUCAACCUUAAGGAAUAGUUCAAUAACCUGUUUUAUUUGGAGCCCCUUAAACAGUAACAGGUUAGCCACAAUUCGUGAGACCUAUAGUUCUAGAGAAUUCGACUUUAUAACAAUAAUUUGUAACAAAUUAGAAUUUGGGUCAAAGUGGAUUCUAUUAAGGAGGUUAAGCGAUUCUUAAUCAACCAAUUUUAGGUGCAUCAGCAAUCAGUUCAAAUAUAGUGUCUGUAAAAAAUAGUAUAAAGAUAGACUGGACAAGCAGUUAAAGGAGAAUCAAGAAUUGAGUAUAUUCCUUAUGAAAAGACAAUUAUGGAAUAUGAGGAAGUAAGAAGAUAAGUUUAGGUGCCAAUAACAAGAUAAAUAACAGAAUAUUAAGCUAUAUAAUAUGAAACAGAAUAUAUUCCUCAGGUGAUCUAAGAAAAAGUGAUUGAAUAUGUGCCAGUAGAGAAAGUAGCAGAAAGAGUCUAAUAUUAAACAUUGACCAGAUAAAAUGUUUUAUAAGUAAAUUCUUUUAUAAAAUAGUUUAGAAUACUGUUCAAUAAGUUUAAUAAACAUAAGUUCAACCAAUAGUGACAACUUAAACAUUUUAAACAACAACUCCAGUUGUAUAAACUGUUUAAUAACCAAUUGUUACUUAAGUGAGUUAACCAAUAGUGUAAUAAUAGGUAAUUUAAAAUGUUCCUUAAACUUAUUAUUAAACCUAUUAAUAACCUGUUACAACAUAAUAUGUUUAAUAACCUUUAACUGUUCCUGUUUAAUAGACAGCUUAAGUUUAUCAAACAUAAUCGAGCCCAAGAAUUAGAUAAACUUCAUAAAUAGUUUAAGCUGCUGCUCCUAUUACUACAACUUAAGCUUACGUGUAACCACCUGUUCUUUACUAAGCAUCUCAAACUAGAGUUGGUGCUCCUGUCAUUUAAACUUAAAUGUAAUAAUUACCACUAGGUUAUCAACCAUAAACUUAAUAAGUACUGACUUAUUAAGGAUAAACUGUAUAAUAAAAUCAACCGAAAAUAACUAAUUAAACUAUUUAAACUAAUUAGCCUAAUUAAGUAUCAUCUAAAACUCCAAAAGUUAGUCAACCACCUUAAUAAGCUUCAGUAAGCUAAGUUCCACCAACCUUGGUAUUUAAUAUUUUUUAUUUUUAUCAUAGUAAUAAUAGCCAUAAUAGUAAAUAUCAUAAUAACAAUAAAAUACCACCAAUUAGCAAUAAUAAAAAUAGGAUAAAGGCUUUUUAGCAAAAUUAUUCGAUUGAAAUUAUAUUAAUAGUGCAU